AGUUUGGAGUAUGAAAAAUGAAUGUUACAGAUUGAUCUUCUUGAGAAUUAUGUUCCAUGAAAACUACAACAAAAUUCAGAUGUCCUCAUCAAUCACUGGAAGCCAUGCGGUGGUUAAUAAUUCAGUUACCUGGGAUGUUCUGUUUCUAUCUGCGUACAAGAAGACUAGUCCGUUUUUUCUUUUUAGUAAUUUGCUUGUUGAUGUACUGUGAGUUUUUUCAUUACUACGUAGUGUUAUUAUUCUGCAAGUGGCCAGUUUUAAAGAUGGACACUGCACAGCUACCAAUCAAAUCUAAGCCUCUAAAAGUGAUGAUUUUAGCAGACACUCAUAUUCUUGGAUGGAAGGAAGGGCACUGGUUUGACAAACUUAGAAGGGAGUGGCAGAUGGAAAGAUCUUUUCAAAGUAGCAUGACAAUUCACAAUCCAGAUGUAGUAUUUAUAUUAGGUGAUCUCUUGGAUGAAGGAAAAUGGUGCACUAAAGCAGAAUUUAAUUAUCAUGUGAAACGUUUUAAAAAGAUGUUUUCCACACCUCCUGGUGUCGAGACUUAUGUUGUCACAGGAAAUCAUGAUAUAGGUUUCCAUUAUAUGAUGACAGAGCAAAAGCACCGGAGAUUUGAGGAAGCCUUUUCUGCUCCGUCUGUUCAGAUGGUCGAGAUUCAUGGCAAGAUUUUUGUUCUGAUGAACAGUAUGGCCAUGGAGGGUGAUGGGUGUAGCCUCUGUUCAGAGGCUGUAGAAAAGAUGGAAAAAAUUUCAUUUCAGCUUAAGUGUUCUCAGGAAAGCCUUUCAAAAAAGAAAAUACCCUCAGCCUGCAAGAAGAUGAAGAAGUUAUCUUAUACUCAACCCAUACUUAUGCAGCAUUUUCCCAUGUUUCGUCCAUCAGAUCACAAUUGCUCAACUCCCGAUGCAGCACCCUCAGCAGAGAAAGACAUUCCAUUUCGUCCAAAGUAUGACUGCUUGUCACAGGAAGCAUCAAAACAGGUAUUUAAAUGGGUGAAUCCAAGACUUAUUGUAAGUGCUCAUACCCAUCAUGGCUGCCAUCGUGUCCAUGACAACGGUGUACCAGAGUGGACAGUGGCCUCCUUUAGUUGGAGAAACAAGAAAGGACCCAGUUUUCUAUUGGCUGUGAUAUCUGAUACAGACUUUAACAUAAAUCAGUGCUUCCUUCCCAAUGAAAACACAGUGUUUUCUAUUUAUGUUACUGGCAUGAUUCUUAUUCUGUUGUCCAUGCUGUUACCAAGGAAACACCAUCAUGUGACAAACUGCGUUGAUUUGUCUGACAAAUCAAGUUAGCCCAAUUUCUCAGCAAUAAGAGCCUCAAAAAUAGCCAUAGAAUGGUUUCCCACCCUCACACAGUACUGAUAUGCUUGUAUUUAUAUUCCUAAAUAUUCUUAACUUUAUUAAUAUAUUUUUGUAUCAUAUACUGUAUGUGUAUAUAUCCAUAUCAGCAUUGCUUAUUACACCUGUAGUAAUACAUAUCUUAGAGAUAAUAAUACACCCCCCCCCCCCCCCCCCCCCACACACACACACACAUAUAUAUACAUGUAUAUAUAUAUAUAAUGCAAAUAUAGCCCUUUCAUAAGGUCGAUCCAUAGAUACAUGUUUAUGUCACAGAAAAGCAAAAUGACCGAGCACAAAGUUCAAGGUUGAUAUGCUUUAUGCUUUUGUGUGAACUUCAAGUCAACAUAUCUAUGGAUUGACCACAUGAAAGGGCUGCAUUUGUUAUAUUUAUUUUCAGGAGAUUGAAAAAACAAAAAUUUGAAAAUAAUGUAAACAAAUUGCAAGUGCUCUUUUUUUUAAUAUAACACUUAGUGACUAAAGAUAAAAAUAAAGUUAGAUGUUUUAAUGUCAUUGUGUUUCCUUUUUUUAUAGAGUAAUUUAGGAUAUGUACCAAAUCAAAAGGGAAGGCUACAUUUGUUUUAUGAUUUUUUUUUUCAUCAGUUUAUGAAAAAAAUUAAUUAACCUCUAUGUUUACAAAUAUAGAGUAAAGCCAUAUUCCAAACAUUAUUUUUACAUCAUGGUUGCAAAGAGGAGUUGAAGUAUCAGUUUUUUUUUUUUUAGAAACAUUAGUCAUAUUAACUGUUGUAAAAUUUUCACUAUUGUUGUUUUAAAGAUUAUUUCCAUUUUUGGCAACAUCUAGUCAAUAUGCUUUUCCAGAUUCUUUAUUUAGUAACACAAGUUGAUACACUGUUAUAUACUUGAUCAUGUAAUCAAGUAUGAGUCAAUCAGAGAACUGGGAAUAAUGGAGAAAAAUACUAAAAUGUAUUAGGGGGUGGAUCCAGGAUUUUUUUUCC